GCGCGCGGCACUCCGGCUGGACGGGGUCACUGGCCGUCAAGCAUCCGCUCCACCCCCGCCAAGUCUUAUUCAAGCCUUGCCUUUCUUGGCGGAUAAAGAAUGAAGUUGUCUCAGUUGUGGGGAAGCACGUUUAUUGAACUGGCGCGAGUAUCCAUUAGGGGUUAAGCUGUAAAAGUCCUCAAGUGAAGAGAGCCUUCGGUUGGUCCGGGAGACUUCAGCCAAGGCUUGAGCGGGUACAAACACCAGCCGAUCCACAGUACUUGUCCUGGUGUGACUUGGACUGCGCGGGAGGUAAAAGGUAGACUAUUCCGGAUUGGGCCAGAGGCAGAAAGGCCCGCCCUCUGCACUCCAGGAUUGGCUGAGAGAGAGCCGCGCCCCCUCACGCCGGCGGCCGUCAGUAGGAGACGUGAGCCGUUCUCGCCCGACUUCUGCUCUCUAGCCAGCUCCACGUGAGUGUACAGAAACGGCUCGCAGGGUUCCCGACUUGAUCUGAAGUAGAUCCGGGAGAGGCGCGCUCCAUCUUAACGGUGAGGGAACAUCAAUAGGCUGCGGGAGUGGGGCGCCGCGGGGCGCGACUGAAGCUCCAUAACCGGAAGUGUCUUCUGAGAGGCGUCGUUUCCGGAAGUGUGGCCGAACUGCGGCGGUACCCGGAAGUGUGGUGCUGCCCCGGCCCCGGGAGUCGGACCAGUUGAGAUACAGGGAUUAAACAGGUGUUUAUGUAUCUUUGUUUCCUCGAGCCAGUAAAGCCCCUCUCUGCGGAAAGUUUUGGAGGGUGCAAGCAUUUGGACAUGAUUUUGAAUGUCUCUUCCCUUUGAAAGCCGUGGGAGAAACAAGCCCCGGGAAUGUGUCCAGGGGGCCUGGCUCUAUAAAGGCUUCUGAGAAGUUUUCUUUCGCUGCCUGUCACCCCCGAUUCCUCCCCCCAGGGAUGUGCAGAUGGAGGCCGGCGGAGACACUGCUGCCCCAGCCCCCAGGGGCGCGCAGGACUUGGAGGGCACGCAGUUCCCUAGUGAGGAGACUGGAGAUAGUGGAGUUCAGUCGGGCCCGCCGGAUCCCGGAGACACGAACCUGGAGGAAACAGGAUCCACGGCCGAGGAUGGGCCACCCAGCCACCUGUCACCACUGCCCCAGUCAGAGGGCCCAUCCGGCACCUGUGAACCCUGGAACUCUGCGGCCUCGGACAGGAGUCCCAUCCAUGGCCCUGAGAGCAGCUCCGGAGACCCCAGUGACGAGGACUGGCGCGGCCAGCGGAAGCACGUGUUCGUGCUCAGUGAGGCUGGGAAGCCCAUCUAUUCCCGGUACGGCAGUGUGGAGGCGCUGUCGGCUACCAUGGGCGUGAUGACGGCCCUGGUGUCCUUCGUGCAGAGUGCUGGGGAUACCAUCCGCGCCAUCCAUGCCGAGGACCACAAGCUGGUGUUCCUACAGCAGGGCCCGCUGCUGCUGGUGGCCGUGUCUCGGACUCCUCAGUCAGCAGCCCAGCUCCGAGAGGAGCUCCUAGCGGUGCAUGCGCAGAUUGUGAGCACACUGACGCGUGCAAGCGUGGCCCGCAUCUUCGCACACAAGCAGAACUACGACCUCCGCCGCCUGCUGGCUGGCUCCGAGCGCACGCUGGACCGGCUUCUGGACAGCGUGGAGCGAGACCCGGGAUCCCUGCUCCUGGGCGCCGUGCGCUGUGUGCCGCUUGCCCUUGGCGGCCGACUGAUCACAGCAGCCCAGGAGCGGAACGUGCUGGCCGAGUGCCGACUGGACCCAGCUGACCUGCAGCUGCUGCUUGACUGGAUGGGGGCACCAGCCUUCGCAGCCGGCGAGGCAUGGGCACCCGUGUGCCUGCCCCGCUUCAACCCUGAUGGUUUCUUCUACGCCUACGUGGCCCGCCUGGACUCCAUGCCUGUCUGCCUGCUGCUGCUUGGCACCCACCGAGAAGCCUUCCAUGCCAUGGCCGCCUGCCGGCGCCUGGUGGAAGAUGGGAUGCGCACUCUUGGUGCCCUGCGCGCCCUGGGGGAGGCGGCCAACUUCUCCAGUGCACAGGCAGUCAGUGCCCCUGCCUACAGUGUGCAGGCUGUGGGGGCACCUGGCCUCCGGCACUUCCUGUAUAAGCCACUGGACAUCCCUGACCAUCACCGCCAGCUGCCCCAGUUCACCAGCCCUGAGCUAGAGGCACCGUACAGCAGAGAGGAGGAGCGGCAGCGGCUGUCGGACCUGUACCACCGCCUGCAUGCUCGCCUUCACAGCACCUCCAGACCCCUGCGCCUCAUCUACCACGUGGCUGAGAAGGAGACGCUGCUGGCCUGGGUGACCUCCAAAUUCGAGCUGUAUACCUGCCUCAGCCCCCUGGUGACCAAAGCAGGAGCCAUUUUGGUAGUGACCAAACUCCUGCGCUGGGUGAAGAAAGAGGAGGACCGACUGUUCAUCCGUUGCCCACCCAAGUACUCUACACCCCCAGCCACCUCUGUGGACCAGGCUCCCCACAAUGGCUUAUUCCCUGGACUCUGAAUGGUAGAGCUCGCUCGGACUUUCUGGGAGUGACCGCCUGAGCCUUUGCCUUCUGUCUCCACCCUGGAAAUGUAGUGGGAAUCUGUCUGUGGCUGGCACAUGUCUCCCUGAGAAGCUGGGCAAGAUAGGAGAGCUGCCCACAAAUGGGAGAUGGGCAGCAGUGGCCAGGGACACAGUGUGCCCUUCUAGUUCCCUUGUGUCCUUCCCUGCUCCCUCUGUCUCACCUCCUCACCUUCCUUUCUCAGGAGCUGUCCCCUCUAAACUGCUUCAGAAGUGUCUUUCUCAUUGGACUGAGCCCUGAAUGUGCAGGAACUGGCAGGUCUCAGGAGUGGCCCACAGGGGCUCAAGAAUUGGGAAUGCAGGGUCAGCCUAUGCCCGUAACCAGCCUGAGGCUAUUUAGGGGGAAAAAAAAAAA